AUGGCGCGGUUAUCCGGCCUUCAGAGAGAGGUUUUGUCCCUCUAUCGCAAAUGUCUAAGGGAGAUUCGGAAGAAGCCCGUGGAAUCAAGAAGCAAUUUCAAAUCCUACGCCAGAACGGAAUUUGAGAAGAAUCUUUCUAUUAGCAAGAAGGACUUCAGUGCUAUAGAGUAUCUAUUGCGCAAGGGCAACCGGCAGCUGGAGAUGUAUUCUUCGCCUGGAAUUCGCAAUAUCCGAUAUUCAAUUUACACUUCUCCUCCCUCGCAAACAAUGGCUUUCUUCCCUCGCUGCUCGGGUGACUUUGCCCCUCUGUUCCAGCUCCUCGAUGACUAUGACGUCCAUCGAACAACUCGUCGGCCAACCAAGAAGACCACCACCGUCAGAUCAUUCGCACCAAAGUUCGAUGUCUACGAGCUAGAUGACUGCUACUAUCUCGACGGAGAAGUCCCCGGAGCUGACCAGGAGCACAUUGAGAUCGAGUUUACCGAUCCCCAAACCCUAGUCAUCAAGGGCCGCACCGAGCGAAACUACCACAAGGAACAAGCACAGCCCGAACACGCCGAUGACGGCUCCGACGAGACUUCCUCCGUCAAGUCUCAUCAAGCCACAGUUGAAGAUUGGGAUGAAAUGACCGACACCACCCCCCCCGCAGAGUCCUCGACGAAUCCAGCUCCCAUCGCAGAGAAGACCGUGGAGCAACAGCAGAGCCAAGCCGCCGAGACCACCUACAAGCUUUGGGUCUCCGAGCGUUCAAUCGGAGAGUUCCAGCGGACUUUCGCCUUUCCUGCUCGAGUGGACCAGGACUCAGUCAGGGCCAAUCUGAAGGACGGGGUUUUGUCGGUCGUUGUCCCCAAGGAGCCAGCACCAAAGGUCAAGAAGAUCCGGGUCGAGUAA